AUGCCUAAUUCACAAGACGACAUCGAGGCCCUCGUCACGCCUGCAGCAGCCGCAGCGGCCGAAGGCGUGCCGCACGGCGCCUUCCUGCUCACCUUAGCUUUGUUCGUAGCACCACUCGUCGCAGCAUUGCUGCGCGAAGGCAUCGUCGUCGGCACCGAUGAAAGCCCGCGAUACGUGCGACGCGACUGCAGCGCGAAAGGCCUCGCGUUUUGGCUGCUCUUGUGCGCGGCGCUCUACGCGAUCCAGUACGUCCUCGCACGUAGAAGGAGAUGGAAGCACAACGAGAAAACCAUGGCGCGCCACAAGGAAGAUCUCCUGAGGCAAUCCCUACUGUGCGGGCUGGCCUACUCCAGCGGUGUUAUAGGAGGCCGCCUCGACGAGGCGCCUCUCGCCUUCGCGGCGUACGUCGUCGCAUUUACAAUAGGCUACUGCGUCCUGUUCGAGCUGCUGCGAGCGGGCAACGUCGAAUUUACGGCGAAUUGCGUCGGGAAUGUGUACGCCGUCGCGGUGGCCGUCUUCGCCGCGUCGCUCGUCGGCUGCCUCGUGGCGCACACAAUCUUCCGAAUCGCGUCCAUCGCGAGCGUCGAUCCGACCGCGCCGAGCCUCGCCGACUGUGCGGGCGUGUUCCUCGUUAUUAUCGCGGCGCACGCGGCCUUAGUCCUCGCGCCGGGCGCGGCGUCGGCGCACUUCCACCACUACUAUCUGGGCUUUGUGGGGUCGUGCCUGUGCACACUGGCGACGGACACGUCCAUGGUCGCGCAAGCGAUGCUCCUCGGGAUCUACCUGCACGGGACGGCGCUCUUCGGCGUCGAGCGCGUCUUCUACCCCGAGGGUGGUGAUGCCGAACCCUAUUAA